CCCCGCAGUCUGCCUCUUCCCCGGAAGAGGGUUUCUCUGUAGGCCAGCUAGGCUAGUUAAUCAUUACAUCCUUAUAGUCAGAUUUAAAAUAAACCACUCCGGACCCGUUAAACGCCACACGCAGCAGAUUUAACAGACGAUAUUCUUGUUUUAUAUCUGUAGAAAUAACCUCGCCGGUGGAGUUUAAUCGGAGCAUUUAGUGAUCAUCUGCUUUAGCGAUUCUUAGCUAUUUUCGCGUUAACAGUGUCGCUAGCUCUCUGGCCAUUUUGUCUUCUUGAUGACCCAGGCUGAUUUCAAGCUUCAGUAAGUUGUACCGUGUCUGUCAGGAAAACCCGAACAGGAUCACAGGACGUUGAUCACUGGCUGAGGGGUAAGGCGGGGUCUCUGGGGAGCUUUAGGUUUGUCUUCCCAUGACAACGCGACACCAUGGCAACAACGGCUCCAGCAGCGAUGCCGAAUGCCGGGUCUCGGAGGACGAGAGGAACAUGGAAGACAUGGAACUCACUGAGCUCGGGCCGCUGCUGACAAGUGCAGAAGCUUUGGCCAAACCCAGAGGUGCAGCAGCUUACCCGAGUGAGGAGGAAGAGGAGGAGGAGGAGGAAGAGGAGGAGGAGGACAAUGAUGAUGAGGAUGAUGAUUUGCAGAUGGUCACACUGCCUUUGCAGGCUCAUCAUGCCAUGGAGAAAAUGGAGGAGUUUGUACACAAGGUGUGGGAGGGACGCUGGCGAGUGAUUCCCUUCCACUUGCUACCUGAUUGGUUAAAGGAUAAUGACUACCUACUCCAAGGUCACCGGCCACCCAUGCCAUCUUUCCGAGCCUGCUUUGGAAGCAUCUUUAGGAUCCAUACAGAAACGGGGAACAUCUGGACACAUUUACUGGGUCUCAUCCUGUUCAUCUUUUUGGGUACUCUGACCAUGCUGCGGCCAAACGUGUCAUUCAUGGCUCCUCUGCAGGAGAAAGUGGUGUUUGGGAUGUUUUUCCUGGGUGCUGUGCUCUGCCUCUGCUUCUCCUGGCUCUUCCACACAGUCUACUGUCACUCAGAGAAAGUGUCCCGAACAUUCUCCAAGUUGGAUUACUCGGGCAUAGCGUUGCUGAUCAUGGGCUCAUUCGUUCCGUGGCUCUACUACUCAUUUUACUGCUCUCCACAGCCACGCCUCAUAUACCUCUCUGUGGUGUGUGUGCUGGGCAUUGCAGCCAUCAUUGUGGCCCAGUGGGAUCGCUUCGCCACUCCGCGCCACAGACCUACACGCUCAGGUGUGUUCCUUGGCCUGGGACUCAGUGGCAUCAUUCCCACAAUGCAUUUCACCAUCGCUGAGGGCUUUGUGAAAGCAACUACAGUGGGUCAAAUGGGCUGGUUUAUUCUAAUGGGCGCCAUGUACAUCACCGGAGCCGGUCUGUAUGCAGCACGCAUCCCUGAACGCUUCUUCCCUGGGAAAUGCGAUAUCUGGUUUCAGUCUCAUCAAAUAUUCCACGUGCUGGUGGUGGCUGCAGCGUUUAUUCACUUCUACGGCAUCUCCAACCUGCAGGAGUUCCGCUACGGCCUGGGGGGAGGCUGCACAGACGACUCUCUCCUCUAAACACCUCCCAUACUUCUUUUCCGCUUGCUUUCCUCUCAUCACUUUAGCACUGAAACGAUGAGCAUUUUGAACAUUUUACGGAUCAGUUGUGGUUGGAAAGAGCUAUUCUACUCCACUGCCUACCCUGCACUUACUGAUCAAGAUUAGAUCUUAGGACUAACCUGUCCUAAGAUUGUUAUUGACUUUAAGGGAUUAUUAUCUAUAUUUUAAAAGGUUUAUACAAUCAUCAAUGUGUUUUAUUGUUGUAAUACUUGAAAGCAUAAGUAAAUCUUACUACUUGGUUAAAAGAAUAGUCCAGCAGGUUUCAACCUCCAUUGAGUGACAUCUGUAGUGUAGAUGUGAUUACCACAGGCAAGAAUUGCGACAUGUUUCCCUGUAGUGAGAAAAACCUGUUUACUCCGAACUUUGUCAUCAUGUUACAGCGACCUGGCGUAUUAGAAAGACGCUCUCAAACCGGAACGCAUUCGAAGUCUUGGCGCAGUAAUAGAGCAAUAAUAAAAGGUUAAAUUGCAUGAAUCAUUUAAGUAGUAUACAUUAUAUGACAGUUAUAUUCAAUAUCAGAAAAACUACAGCUGUUUCGUUCUUUAUAAUGAAAAUUUUCGGGUGAAACUGAUGUGUAAGAAUGAUUUAUCAACUUGCUUAGACUUACACAGUUUCACUUUCAUGGUUUUGUGGUAUUUAUGGCAACGGAGAACUGGGGUACUUGUGUUAUCUUGGUAAAUACCACAGAUUUUCCCCUCUGUUCUGCAGAAUUCAAUUUUUUUGCAUUUAGUUGUGUUUAGUUAAUACCCAACAACUGCCGAGACUUCCGUUAUAUCAGAGUUUAAAGCAAAACGGUUUGAUUUAUUUUUUUCAAUACAGGGAAGUGUAAAUUCUUGGUCAUGGUUAUUACACUAACACUACAUGUAUCGUAGAUGAACGUUUGGUUGAAAAAAAAAAAUCAUGGAUUAUUUGUUUAGGCAUUUGUUCACAGUUCAGUUUUCAAGGCACUGUUACACUCCUGGAGGUAAAAAAAAAAAAGUAUAUCUUGAGCGGCAUUUAGUCAUAGACCACUGAGAGUUGUGUGAGCAGUGCUACCUCUUCCUGUCUUGUUCAGUCUAUACACACUGUUGGAAAAACAUGCUCCAGAGCUGAAGGCAGUAGCUAUGACUUUUGGGUGGUGCAGGUAUCUAGAGCUACGAAAACAGGUAUAAAAUAUUAACGUCUUUCAUCUGCUGUAAAUGACUUCAUGUAAUAAUCUGUAGAGUUUGUGAAAAACAGGCUUUUCCUAGAUAAAUUUUUAAAUGUU